CUCCUGAGUACCUACCUAAGAUACUCAGGUAGCUUCAUCGCCUAUCGGUGGCUGCAGCGCCACUGAGAAUGCCUACCUAAUCAAUAGCUUGCUCAUUUGAUAGGCUACCUAUGUAAGAAAAACGACAGGCCGUUACGUGGCGGAAUCGACUGGACACCAAUCCCGGAUACGCAACUCGUAGCCUACCUUUCGUUACAUAUCACUAGCAAAGAUAAUUUCUGUACAGCCACUUCACCUCGACAUGAGUCUUUUUCGUACUUGGAUACCUAUCUAGCCUUGGCCUCCUUCCCGGAACUUUUCUGUACUCGAACUAUUCAACAACCAUUUCUAAAACCACACUUUGCCCGCCGUUGAUAGGCAAUUAAAAUUAGCACGAUGACAAGCCUAUGUCCAUGUAACCGCCCCGCCUUCGAGAAAGUACCAGAAGUCGCAUGGUGUUGUGUCCAAUGCUGGACGCAGGUUCCAAAAGAUGAAGAGCUUCAAGAUCCUAGCACACGAGAGGAAGUGAGACCCUGCGUGCUUAAGAGGUCAUCACUGAACUUAUCUUGGCCACGAAGUGUCGAAUACAAUAAUGACAACGACCUUGCCGAUGAAGUCGUUCGUAUCCUAGAGGAAAGCGUAUAUAGCCCAGACCAAAUAAUCAACAUUUCACAUCCCAACGAUAGAGGGGAUUCAACAGUUCAUCCCCCGAUGCAAAAUACAAGCCCUGUACCAUAUAAGUACUAUCAGUACCAGUCCCUAGAUGCCAUGCCGCCUACAACAGGAAACCUAUGUAUUAGAAUCCUUCAAUUGUCUAAGGGCGAGCCCGAAGACCCGCUACAUGGAAGAUUAGUCAUUGAAUCCGUCGACACUCCGCCGAAAUAUGAGGCUAUUUCGUAUAUGUGGGCGAACGAGGCCGGCGACAGCGUAAGGCGGCGACCUCUGUAUCUCGAAAAUAAUUGGUAUAGACUCCCUAUUACUGAAAACUGCGCUGCGGUGCUUCGACGGUUCCGAGAUAGGACAAAAUCAAAGGAUCUAUGGAUAGACUCUGUGUGUAUCAACCAAGGCGAUGCCGACGAAAGACGCGAGCAGGUCGGACUGAUGCCUGAAAUAUACUCUCGGGCGCAAAAGGUUCUAGUCUAUCUAGGAGAAGGCUCGAAGUCCACAAGUGACGCGAUGUUCGCUCUCAACUCGGAUAAAAAGUCAUCUCAAGGAUAUGUGAAGAACGGUCAUUAUUUUGACGAAAUAAAAUGGUUAUUCUCUCGUCCUUAUUUCUCCCGCAUCUGGAUUAUACAGGAAUUAGCUCUGGCUAGGGAUGCCAGCUUCUAUCACGGGUACGACACCCAAUCGCUCGAGCUUUACCAUUCCCUAGAUAAAAUUAAGCGUGUGUUCAAAGAAGUUCACCCUGAAAAGUUUCUGCCUCGUUGGCUACAGCACUGCGGAGGACGGAAGUUGAGUUCCUGGGAAGAAAUUGUGAAUCUGAUAUUCGACGGUACACAUAGCGAGGCUUCGAGACCGGAGGAUAAGAUAUUCGCAUUCUUUGGUAUGAUGGAUGGCGCGAGCAUGAAGGGACUGGUUGCGAAUUACAAUAUUGCAGUGGAACAGGUCUAUACCGGCAUUGCCACCUUUUUGGUGUCCAAAGGUCACUUAAUGAACCUUCUGGAGCGAGUAAGCGGAGGAUCUCAAGCGAUGCAUAAUAACCGACCCCUCGAUCUCCCUUCAUGGGUUCCCGACUUUCGUUGUGCGGCCUACAGCCAUGAAAUCCAUUUAAGCCCCCGGUUCCGUCCGGUCUAUAUUCAACCGGAUUCGCCUGACCAACGAUCACAACCUAUCCCCGAAGUUGUCCUCAGUCGGACUGGAUCCCUGGUUAUCCAUGGACAUAGAAUACUAAAAGGUAUUAACAUUGGAGGUCCGAAACGAGAUGUUAUCCACGAACGCCAUCCGAGAUUCGAGCUUAUGGUCGAAUUCCAAAGGUUAUUCGACUCGGCCAUGGACAUCAUCAUGUUACCGUGUAUUAAGUAUUCUAAGCCGUACGCCCUACAUCUUCGGAAGAUUGAUUCUCGUAACCGUACUAAUUGCUACACCUUCAUUGGGCUAUGCAAGGUUGGGCUAUUUUGCGAUUAUGCCGACAGCAGUAAUAAAAAAAAGGGUCAACCUGGGUACUUCUCUAUUCCUAACGACCCCGAAACUCUGACGGUGCGCAACUUCCUCAAGGAAAACUCUCAUUUGGAUACCAAUCUUAGUUCCCGGCGGCUACGGUUUUUUAUGGUAGGCAAAAUUUACUCGAGGCCGGAAUAAUUUUAAUCUAAUGGUUCAUAGGAAACAAAAUAUAUUACCUCUAACACACUCUCUUGGUUUCCCUGGGCACUUAGAUCAGAGUCGAGCCAAGAUCUCAUGAAUCGCCUUACUAAAUUUAUGUGGCCAGGCAUUAAUCCUAUGGGGCCAGGGGAAAUUCUUGAAUCUUUCCCAUCCUACUAUGAUAAACGGUGGUAUCAAUGGUUGCUGGACUUUUACGUAGCCAGGUCUGCCGCCACUAAAUGCUCUAGGGAUCUAAGCCAGAGGAUACCAAUGUUCUUCCUUAGAGGGAAAAUUCAGAGAUGGUGGGAGUCAUCAAUGUGCCUGAGAGGCGAGAUGAACCGGAGAAAUGACUAUACAAUACCAUUCGGAGAGAAGGAAUGGUGUUGGUAUACCGGGGACGACUAUCCUUGUGCUAAAGAAAUCAGUAUAUUUUCGGUUGUUGACUCCAUCCAUACGGUGUUUUGUGAAAGAGGCUGGGAAUACUUUGGCUCUUAUGAAGCAUUCGAUCCCAUUUUUGAG